AUGGGAAUAAUUACGCCCGCUACUGCUACCACUGCUCCUACGUCAGGACCGAUCAAUGUCCCUAUCACUGAACAAAUGCUAGCCAUGCUCAAUUACGCAACCAUGCGCUCACUAAUGGGCAUCACCCAACCCAUCACCACACCAGAGGGAAUUCUAACUACUCAAAGGAUAGCUCCCACGGCUGUGCAGACCAAAGAAGGAGGGGAGGCGGCGGCUGCGCAGACAGGGAAACGCAGAACAAGGAAGAACAUGGUGGAAGAUAGGGGGAGAAACAAGCGGAAGUUCAUCACGAAUAACGUCCAGAUUGAGGAUGUAACUGAUUCUACUAGUGGGACUACUCCGCAGCGCAGUCUCGGAGUGAACAAAGGCAAUGACAAACUUAAGGAGAAGGUAUCAUUCCUUCGAAGCCAGCUGAAGAGUUUGGAAACGGAGCUUAAAGAACAUGAUCGUAACAUAGAGGUGAAUGAGUUCCCUGAUCAAUACGAAUCGAGAUUUGAAGAGCCCAAGAGGGAGCUCCCCAAAAGAAAUCGGCGUAGACCUACUGAGACCAUAAUUACGAAAGAAAGGGAAGGGCGUAACAUCGGCACUCCUACGAUGCCUUUGAUCAACAAGAGUCCGUUUUCAGAUGAAAGACUGCUGGAACCUUUAACGGAAAACUACCGUCCCAUCUCACUAGACUACGAUGGUACUACCGACCUAGAGGUACAUAUGGCCCUCUUAGAGGGCCUAGCUGCGCUGCACCAGUAUGUGGAGGGAAUCAAAUGCAGGAUCUUCGCCACAACUCUAUCUGGAAUGGCUCAGCGAUGGUUUCAUAACUUGAGGAGUAACUCUAUUCAAUCAUAUGGUGACCUUUAUCUCAUGUUCAUGAGACAAUUUGCCAGUUCAAAGAGGGUCGGGAGAACAGCCAUUUCAUUAAUGGAUAUAAAGCAGGAACCGCAAGAAACGCUUCGAGAGUACGUGGCUAGAUUUAAUAUAACAGCGCUGGACAUACCAGAGGCGGAAUCCCAGAUCAAGUGGUACGCUUUUGCUAGGGGACUAAGGUAA